CUUGCGACAACCGCAUCGCUGUCAGGACGGUGGCAAUCUCCCUGAGAGUGUCUUUCAUUCCUCUCUGUAAUAAUGAAUUUCUCUAAUCUUCAGUCGUCCAUUUACAUUCCACGCGAGGGAAACAACAAUACAUGCUCACUAUAUUCGGUAGGGGGAAUAUUCGAUAAAACAAGGGCACACACCCUUUCCCCGUCUUUCGUUCUUUCACCUCGACGCGGACGUUCUUUCCUGCAUAUUACAGUCGUUCCCUGCUCUGAUCUCUCCACCCCGUGUCCAGACAUCCAAGAUGUCUGCCUCACCCCAGCAAGAGGAAGUGCGCGAUAAAUCUCAGGAGGAUUUCGAAGAUGAACAGCAAGUCGAAGAGACUGAGGGCGCAGCAGAGGCUAGCGAUGCUCCUGCCACAGUCAAAAGGGGACGUGGCCGUCCUAAGGGAAGCAAGAACAAGAAGUCAGGGGGAACCUCCAUCACCGCAGCAACAGCAGACGCUGGUGCUAAGAGGAAACGCGGCCGGCCUCCGAAGGAGAAGAAGGAGGAUGCUGCUGCUGAUGGUGAACCGCUUGCCAAACGCAGGCGCGGUCGCCCGCCUAAGGCAAAAGCAGAGCCAGCACUUGACGCAGUCUCAGAGGCGGCACCUGACGCAGCUGGAGAAUCAAGUACAAAGAAAAAGCGCGGUCGGCCACCGAAGAAGACCUGAGACACUAGCUUUCUCCGUUUCCGUCUCUUUGCUUUGUGUAAUUUUCUCCGCUCUCGUUCGUAUCCGCACGUGCCAGAUUUAUCGCUUUCCUCCGCUCUCUUUUAUGACUUGACAUGAUUAGUACCAAUUUCUUGCUUCUAUGAUUUACUUGGGCCCACAAUAUCUAGACUAUAUAAUGUCACUUUAACUGGAGGUCAUGUAAUCUCUGUCACAGAUCACUGUACACACGUCCAAACUUAUUUUUGUCU